CGUGAAAGUCACUUCAUAAACGUCGUCCUCUAGCUCUGUGCUAGCAUCUGAUCGAGUUGCAACGUUAACUGUAGGACAAAAUUGGAAAAUUAAACUACUAAAAAAAAAUUAAACCAUGGCAGACUCUGAAAGUGUAACCACGUCAUCACAGGACGCUCAAGAUGACCCUCUUCAUGACCACUCAGACGAUGAAUUGCAACAGAUGCUUGAGGAGUUAAAGGCGGGCAACAAGGUCUUGCAGAAUGAAACCAUCAUGUUCGAGAAGUACCUGAAGCGGGUGGAGCCCAACCUGACGGCUGCUGCCACCACAGCGGCUGUAGCCCCCACCCCCAGCCAGUCCACACACGACGCCCGCGUCAUGCGCAAGCGUUCCAAGUCCAAGGGCAGUGGCAUGGACAAGCACCUGAAGCUGAGCGCCGAGCAAAAGUGCGACAUCGCCCAGCGUGAAAUCGAGGAGCUGAGAGAGGAGAUUGACAAGCUAAAGGAGGAUGCAGAGAAAAUACUGGACACCUAUAAGGCUGUCAUGGAAGAAGCAGAUGUGCGUCUGUCUGAAGUGAAGAAGUCAUCUUACGAGUAUGAACGAGACAUCCUGAAGGGUUCAGUGAACACCCGCACCGGUAAGGUAGUGGCCGAGAAGGUGGUGCGGUACUUUGAGGACAAACAGCGGUCCCGGGACGCACUGAUUGAGAAGCUCAGGCUGAAGAACUCCACACUGAAGGUGCAGAAAAAGAAGCUACACCUGCAGCUCAAACAGAAAGAAGAGAUGGGAGAAGUCUUACACGAGGUUGACUUCCAGCAGUUGAAGAUUGAGAACAGCCAGUACCUGGAGAAGAUCGAUGAACGCAACCAGGACCUGCUGAGACUCAAGCUGAUGUCGGGUAACACUUUGCAAGUCCUGAACUCCUACAAGAAAAAACUUCACACCCUUACCCUGGAGUCUGAUCGGUUGAAGAAUGAGAUAACAUCCAGGAAUGAAUUGCUGACUCGAAUUGAUGUGGAAACAGAAACAGUGGAAGCUGAGCGAGCCAAAGCAGAAGAGUUGAAUCGGAGGCUGCGGCAGCAGCUUGGAGACUUCCGAGUGCCUGACGUUGUGGAGUACGUCCAGGAGAAGGCCGACCUGUACGAGCUGGCCAAGACAGUCAAGAGCUGGGAGAGGAAAGUGGACAUUGCAGAGAUGGCUCUCAAAACCCACCGCAAGACUUGGAACACCAUGAAGAUGAACAGCCAACAGAACUGGGGCCUAGAAACCUAAAGAGGCAUGGUAGCAUGAUCAAGACUUGCAAUUCCGUCCGACCUUGCUGGGGGCAUUUGUGAUUUAUUUUGAUUUUACAUUCUCCGAAUUUCAAAAGACAAUUAUUUCUAUGCACAUGUAAAUACCAACCACACCCACCAGGGGAUUAACCACUGUACACAUCUCGAAUGUUUAUGUAGAUAAAAGAAUCCCUUCUACUUGAGUUUGGGCACAAUCUAGAUGAAUCCUCUGUCACAAUACUUACUUGAACUUCAUUAGUUUAUAGUGUGCAGGAUUGUGCUAAAAUCCGUUCUGAGUGGCCCAAGUGAUACUUGCAUCAGUCAAAACUGUCUUCCCCAGUCGUUUACGCACACUCGCAGCUUAAACAAGCCAGUCUUUUUUCAAGAAGUAUUGAGAAAAUUUAAGUUUGAACUUAAAGUUUGACACACUUUUUCUAGACUGGUGCAAGAUUGUUGACAAAUUUGUAUGUUUUUGUAUUAUACCAAACUGACAUUCUGCUAAUAACAGAUGACUUCAUUAGAAGGCAUUGAAAAGAUUGUAUUCAGGAUGAAAUUAAUAGUGGCCCUCUUUGUAAAGAGAACAUGGUUACAGAAUUAGUGCGGAACCCGAAUCUUUCCCUUAAUUUAAAGGACACUAUCUGCUCCUUGUAGACGAAAAUUUCUCACAAACUCAAAUUGUAUAUUUGCAGCAUUAGAAAUAUUUUUGUUUCCUGCAUGGAAAAGGAACUUAGUCUCUGUGACGGUUGUUGUAUGCUAAUUGUAAAUAGUGUUUAAAAAUAUUACUUCCAGUGUGCCCAGUUGAUAGGUUUGAGAAGGAUUUUUUGACGAAGAUUGUCAGUUUAUUUGAAAGGAAAUGCGGUGCGUCCUUAAAGAGGAUGUUCUUCCUGUUUUGUUAGUUUAAUACAGGAAUUUCUCUGAGAUAUAGUGAAUCUUGGAUAUGUAUAAAUGGAGUAAAUAUGUUGAUUUCUGAUAAGCUGUCCUUUGAUGAAAUGAUAUCCCCAACCCUCAUGCCCGUUCUUGAACUUUCCCAUCAAGCUUUAAAAUGGAAAGGAAAACAUUAA